AUGGUCAAACGGCUAACUGACCUACGGCUGAUCGAUAAGCAAACCCGCUCAACGCUACAAACCCAAACCUCCACAUGCCCCCGCAUAUAUGGACAACCAAAGGCGCACAAGCCAAACUUGCCGCUACGACCAGUGGUUCCCACAAUAACAGCUCCGACAUACCAGCUGUCAAAAUACAUCGCCAGCAUUCUUCAACGCACUUUCACAAGCCAGUACAAUAUCGUCGACAGCUUUUCGUUUGCGAAAUUCAUUAAUGAAACUACGAUUCCGGAUGACCACAUUCUGGUCUCUUUCGAUGUCGUCUCCCUCUUCACUAAAAUACCGAAGGAGCUGAUCAUGCGAAGCAUCAUUUUCCGCUGGGAUGACAUUAAGCAAGGAACCAACAUUAAUCUGGAUCUUUUCCUGGAGAUGAUCGAGCUAUGUGUGGACAGCAGCUAUUUCCGCUUUAGAGACACGUACUACCUACAAACCUUUGGAACUGCUAUGGGUAGCCCGUUAUCCCCGAUUCUGGCUGACUACGUCAUGGAGGAUUUGCUCAACGAUGUCACUGGAAAACUCAAAAACAACAUACCAAUCCUCAAAAAGUACGUCGACGAUCUGUUCCUGGUGCUACCAGCAACGCUAGUACAACAUAUACUCAAUACCUUCAACCAUUACAAUUCACACCUGCAGUUCACUGUAGAAGUUGAAAAGGACCGAUCACUACCAUUCUUGGACACACUAGUCAUAUGGAAUGCAGAUCAAUCAUUGAGAACCAGUUGGUACUCGAAGCCCAUCGCAUCAGGAAGGCUACUUAACUAUCUAUCCUUCCAUCCAACGAGUAUGAAGAUAAAUGUCGCGACCAACUUCAUCCGACGUGUGACCAGCCUGACAACCAGCACGUCAAUCGACCAGCAAAAACAAAUAAUAUUCCAAGUCCUCCGCCAGAACAACUACCCCUCAUCUCUGAUCAAUAGACUCCUCACACGAUCAACGACAGACAUAGCCACACCGCCCACAAUGCCUAUAGCACAAGCGCAUACCAUCCCACCGCCGCCACCGUCAACACAACCUCCAACACCACCGCCUCCUCCACCUCCGCCUCCAACGCCACCACUUCCAUCUCAACCGCCUGUACCAGCCUCAGCAUCAUCAAUGUCGUCACCAAUGCAAGACCUAUCACAGCCAACAUCAACGAGUAGAGUACAGCCCAACGCCUCCAACCACGAAUCACAUCACCAAUCGUCCGAAACAAUCUAUAGGUCAGUGCCAAACAUCCCCAUCCUGAGCCGAACACUUGCCGAAAUCCUAAAAAAAGAUUACCCAUUAGUGAAAAUCGCCGCAAAAACCGUAACAUGCACCAAACAUCUCCUCAAAAAUGUAAAAGAUCCCAUCCCACCACUUGAACAACACAACAUCAUCUACAGUAUUCCUUGCUCGGACUGCGACAAUGUUUAUAUAGGAAUGACCACAAAUCAUCUUAAAAAACGAUUAGCUGGUCACAAAUCAAAUAUAAACAAAACAAUACAUAUGCAAAACACAUCACCCCAAAAUUGUAACAUACAGAUAACAACAGCUCUUGUUAAACACAUCGUAGAAAACCAACACACAUUCAAUCUAGCCAACACCACAAUAAUUGACCGUACGUAUAAAUCAACAGCACUACCAAUAUUAGAGAUGUGCCAUAUCACCAAUACUCCCAAUACGGUAAAUUUUAGAACAGAUGUUGAUGGAUUAAAUACGACAUACGCUGGUAUUUCGCAUACUAUAAAAAAUCAAAACUCUCGCAGAGACAGGGAACAAGCUAUAAAUGAAUCAACAUAGCCAACUCACCACUAACCUUCAAAAUAGCCGUUAUCAACCAAUAGUACCAAGUGAGUUGAUGGAUGUGCGAAAGCAGUGUCUACGUCCCUUCCCAAAAUUAUUGUAAAAUUCGCCUAAAAUCUAUAUGUAAGUCUACUUAGAAAACUCCCUACAAAAACAACAAAACUAAAUCCCAUAUUACAGGUGUAGAAAUGCUACAAGAAGCUCCAAAAGAAACUGUGGCACUAGUUAUAAAUUAUAACAAAAAACGAUAGACAGCUUUACCCUUGAAAAAGGCCAAAUAAAUUAGGCCGAAACGUCGGGCAAUGCCAAUUUAAUCGUUUGGAUUCCCUAGACUGAGAAAGCCAAAAUCUCCCAAACAUUAAACUUCCAGUCGAAAAUGUUA